ACCCAAACGAAACGUAAAACAAGGAGACUUAUAACUAAAAAGAGACAGAAAAAUCAACAUAACACUGAUUCUACAACCUCUUUUCUCAGUCAGUUCCUCAUGCUCCACUUACCUUCUCUCUCUUCAACUUCUCUUUCUUUUCAAACGCUGAAAUCUUGUUUCUCGUUUCGCCACACUCGUUUCCUUCAAACCCAAACCCUACCCAUUUCUCCCUCGCCACUUCUAUGACCCCUUUUUCUCUUCCUCCGAAGCUUCCAGGUUUAACUGACUCUGCCGUUUGUUUCAUUCAAAAACUCACUAAAGUUUUAUCUUUUGAUCCCUUUUCCUUUUAUUCUGUUGCUAAAUUGAGCAUCUUUUGCGUACCCACAUGCAGAUUUUGUGGUUGUGAAUCUCUGAUUUGUUUUUCUGUGUACUAGGGUGAAUUAUGUCUCAGCAGCAAAACCAAAACCAAAACCUACCCGCGGUUUCGCAAUCUCUGCCACAACAAACGGUUUCUGAAGCUGAUGUUAAACCCUUCUCAAUAAGACAGUAUGUUCUUGCAUCUCGUCACAUAAAUAUCCUUCAUAACUGGCCAUUUCCUGAGAAGCACUUGCAAUUGUGUUUUAAAGAUGGUCUGAAGGAGGUGUUGCCACCAUUUGGAGGCCAAACUUCACUUGAUGAACCACUCAAAGGUUGUUCCAACUUGAUGCAUUCACUAAAUGAUAAUAAUAAAGAAGCUGAUUCUUGCAUAGCUGAAGUUCCACAUCUCAUUGAUGAUGAUCACCGACAAAGUACUACUAACAAUGAGUGUGUCUACAAAGUCACUAACCACCCUUCAUCACAUGGAGAGGAAAAUCACUCAAAUCAGCAUAGCUGCAGCAUUUCUGACAAUUUAUCUCAACCAGCAGACACAUGUACCCUCCUAAGUUCAAUUCAUGUUAGUAAGAGUUUGCCAUCAUCCAAGGAAGUGAAAGAUAAACGCAAAAAGCGUAAAGGAAGAUGUAAGAAACGCUCAAUGGUGGAUAUUUUAGCCGUGGCACAGCACAGUACAUUAGAGGAGAUCCAUAGGAUGAACAAGUUUUAUUAUGCUGAAACUGUGAUUAAUGGAUGUCAGCAAACGGUGCCUCAUGAAAAUAUUCCCAGGUCUGAGGUCGUGGGUGUGGAUUCAUGCAGAAAAGCUGGGAGUGAAGAUCAUGGUGUAGCUAAUGUUGAUAUGACACCAAAAAGGCCAUUGCUUCUUAAGUUCAAGCUCAAUGGAUGUAAUGUUAAUAGGAAUUGCAAAUUAAGCAUGAAUUGAGUCUGUUCAAUUUAUUCUGAUGUUAUUAUUAUUCAUUCUAGAAUUUCCUCUGAUAUACUGUCAGAUAUGAAGCAUAAAAGGAUGGAUAUACAUAUAUACAUAUAUCUCCCUGUGGAUGUGUC